UCACGCCAAUCGAUCAUGCAUGUAGCACUCACUCCUUGAACAUAAUAAAACAAUAGCUCACUUCCACCGCACCUCAACCCCAAUGUAUUAAACUCAUUAAUGCAGUACAAUAUUAAUCAAUACCAAAGCCUUAACCAUUGACUAUGAGAAUCAAAACAACCUUCAUUUGGCUCUCUGCCUUUGCCAUUGCACUCCUUUCCAUCUCCAUCUCUACGUAUAGUAUCCCUCCUUCCUUGACUAGCAUCACCAAAAUUAGUUCCCAAUUAGAUGGUUUCAACCUUGCUAUUUUGAAUGAGGUUGUUAAGCAUGGUGGGACGAUGGAGGAUUUCUUGUCUCGCCUAACCUAUAUGGAGUCUCGACAUCAUCAUCAUCGGAAGCCUAAGAGAAAAUGUAACAAGCAAAGAUGGAAAUCUAGGCUUAUAUCCAUUUACAAAGUGGCCCUCGUUUUGACAGUCGACUUGAAGGGUUGCGCAAAUUUUCGUAGCGUCCAGGAGGCAGUAGAUGCUGUUCCUGAAAAUAGCCCGGCGAGGACCCUUAUCAUUAUUGAUUCCGGUACAUACAGGGAAAAGGUGGUAGUGGACGCCAACAAGACAAAUGUGAUAUUUCAAGGUCAGGGAUAUCUUAACACAGCUAUAGAAUGGAAUGACACUGCAAAUUCUACUGGAGGGACUGCCUACAGCUCUUCAGUUGCUAUCUUUGCUCCCAACUUCACCGCUUACAACAUUAGCUUUAAGAACACAGCUCCUUCCCCACCCCAAGGAACAAUUGGAGGGCAAGCAGUGGCACUUCGAAUUGCAGGUGAUACGGCUGCAUUUUAUGGAUGUGGAUUUUAUGGAGCCCAAGACACACUUCAUGAUGACCGAGGGAGGCAUUAUUUCAGAGAAUGUUUCAUCCAAGGAUCCAUCGAUUUCAUUUUUGGAAAAGCUAGAUCUCUCUAUGAGGGGUGCACCAUUAAUUCAAUAGCAAAAGAAGUCUCUGAGGGAAUAAGCGGCUCUAUCACUGCUCAAGGGAGGCAGUCGAUGAAUGAGGAAACGGGGUUUUCCUUUGUGAAUUGUAGCAUCAGUGGAAGUGGGAGAGUAUGGCUUGGGCGAGCUUGGGGAGAUUAUGCCACUGUGGUGUUUUCUACAACAUACAUGAAUGAUGUCGUAGCUCCGGAUGGUUGGAAUGAUUGGAGAGACCCUUCGAGAGACCAAAGGGUCUUCUUUGGAGAAUAUCAAUGUUUGGGACGAGGAGCAAACUACACAUAUAGGGCCUCGUAUGGAAAGCAACUCGACCAAUCUGAAGCAGCUCCCUACAUGGAUAUUUCUUAUAUUAAUGGAGACGAAUGGCUUCUGAUCUAUCAUCAAAAGAUAUCACUCGUUCCUGUCGAUACCGAGAAAGAAGAAAUUUUUUCUUAUUAUAUCAUGUGAGAUUUCUGUCAUUAAUUUAUGCAUUAAUUAUAUA